AUGGCCGUCCCCCAGACGACGAGAGGCGUAAACGCGGUCCGACAAGAGAUGGCCGAGCACAUCGACCUCGACCCUCGGUUGGGAGAAGAAGAGCGAAUCGAGCCCGCAGAGGACCUUGUCCCGUUUCAGCUGGGGCGAGAGCCCGAACAGGUUACUCAAUUGGGAUCCCAACUGAGUAAAGCUGAUUCAGACCGGAUGAAACGAGCAGUUAGAGAUAACAAAGACCUAUUCGCAUGGACGGCGGCCGAUAUGCCGGGGAUAGAUCCAAAUUUCUUGUGUCAUCGAUUGGCUGUAUGCCAGGACGCCCGACCGGUUGCUCAAAAGAAGAGGAGGAUGGGAGAUGAGAAGAGGAAAGCUGCGAACGCCGAGGUGCAAAAACUUUUACAUGCGAGGUUCAUCCGAGAGGUCACAUACACCACUUGGCUGGCUAAUGUGGUGUUAGUAAAAAAGUCGAAUGGGAAGUGGAGAAUGUGCACCGACUACACCGACCUCAACAAAGCCUGUCCCAAGGACGCCUAUCCACUCCCAUGCAUCGACCGACUCGUUGACGGCGCUUCCGGGCAUGCUAUAUUUAGCUUCCUAGACGCCUACUCCGGCUACAAUCAGAUCAAAACACCAGCCGACGAAGAAAAGACAACGUUCAUAACCGAGAACGCAAAUUUUUGUUAUAAAGUAAUGCCAUUUGGGUUGAAGAAUGUUGGGGCUACCUACCAGAGGUUAAUGGACAAGGUGUUUCACAGUCAGAUAGGCCGGAACAUCGAGAUAUAUGUGGAUGAUAUGAUGAUAAAGUCCAACUCUCUGGCCGAACACUUAACCGACCUGGCCGAAAUCUUCGGUGAACUCCGCAAGCACAACAUGAGACUCAACCCAGAGAAGUGUAUCUUCGGGGUCAAGGGAGGAAAAUUCCUAGGUUUCAUGCUAUCGGCGAGAGGCAUAGAAGCGAACCGAGACAAAUGCCAGGCCGUGCUGGGCAUGCGAAGCCCGAGAAACCUAAAGGAAUUGCAACGCCUCUCUGGAAGAUUAGUCGCCCUAUCCCGAUUCCUCCCACGGUUAGGCGAUAAAAUUAGCCCGAUGACAAAACUCCUGCGGAAGGCAUCAGUCUUCUCAUGGGACGAACAUUGUGAAGCAGCCUUCAUAGCUUUGAAGACGACCUUGGCGACACCACCGACCCUUACGAAGCCUGAUCCUUUGUGCCCAAUACUUGUAUAUUUAGUUGUGUCCGAAGAGGCGAUCAGCUCGGUUCUGGUGCAAGAAAAAGAAGGCAACCAAGCUCCUGUAUAUUUUGUCAGCCGACUACUGCAAGACUCAGAAACCUGGUACCAGUUGAUUGAAAAGGUGGCACUCGGUCUAAUACACACUUCCCGACGCCUGCGCCAUUACUUCCAAAGCCACCGAAUUGUCGUACACACCAACUGUCCCAUCGCUAAGGUAUUAAGCAAACCCGAACUCGCCGGAAGAAUGAUGGCCUGGUCGAUGGAACUCUCACAGUUCGACAUCACCUUCAAACCAAGGGGACCGAUCAAGGCUCAGUGUUUGGCCGACUUCAUAAAUGAACUUCACCCACAGGGCCAAUUCGAGGAACAAUGGUGGACCCUCCAUGUAGAUGGAUCCUCAAACAGCCAGGAGAGCGGGGUAGGAGUGAUCUUAGAAGGACCGAGAGGGAUAACCUUGGAACAAUCGUUGCGUUUCCGGUUCAAAGCCUCGAACAACCAAGCCGAAUACGAAGCUCUAUUGGCAGGAUUAAGACUAGCCGAGGACAUGGGUGCAUCAAAAAUCAAAUGCCGAACCGACUCCAAAGUGGUGGCCGAGCAAGUUGGCGGAAGUUUCCAAGUAAAAGACCACAGCAUGAUAAAGUACUAUCAUGCCUAUCAAAAAAUGAAAGCGAGCUUUCAGGAGGUGUUGGUCGAACACAUCCCGCGCGAAGACAACACCCGUGCCGACCAGUUGGCUAGGCUGGCCGCGACCAAGAAGCCAGGACAUCUGAGAACGAUCAUUCAGCAAGAGAUCGACCACCCUAGUGUCGAUGCAGAAGUGGUUACAAAUGUCAAUGCCGACCAUGCCAGUCAAGAUGACUCUGAAGACUGGCGAGCCGAAAUCAAAGAGUUCCUCAUAAGUGGAAUCGCCCCAACCGACCCGACCGAGGCCAAACGAUUAAGAACCCAAGCCAGUAGAUACAUUGUCGUCGCUGGCCAGCUGUACAAACGCGGUUUCUCUACCCCGUUACUCAAGUGCCUAAACUCCGCCGAGGCCGACUAUGUGACGAGAGAAGUACACGAGGGUAUAUGCGGACUGCAUUCGGGGGCGAGGACGACCGUCUCUAAACUCCUACGAGCCGGGUACUAUUGGCCGACCAGGAACCCCGACUGCGCAGCGUUCGUAAAGAGAUGCCAGCCAUGCCAGACACAUGUUGCCAAGGGACAAUGCAAGUUCCUCAUCGUCGCCGUGGACCUAUUCACCAAAUGGAUCGAAGCUGAGCCCUUGGCAUGUAUCUUGGCUCAUCAAGUCCAGAAAUUUCUAUGGAGGAACAUCAUUACCCGGUUUGGUGUCCCGCACACUCUGGUGACCGACAACGGCCUUCAAUUUACCGACCGAAAACUAAAUGAAUUCCUAAAUGGCUUGGGUGUACAACAUAAGGUCACGUCGGUCGAACACCCGCAGACGAAUGGUCAGGCCGAGUCGGCCAAUAAAGUCAUCUUGGCAGAGGUGAAGAAACGCCUUGGAGAAGCAAAAGGAGCAUGGGCCGAGCAGUUGCCCGAAGUGCUAUGGGCCUACGGAUGCACGCCCCAGUCGACUACGCAAGAAACUCCUUUUCGCCUAGUCUAUGGAUCUGAUGCAAUGAUCCCAGUGGAAAUCGGGGAACCUUCGUUCCGCCGAACCCACUACGACGAGUCGAACAACGAAGCCGAGCUCCGGGCAAACCUGGACAACGUGGAAGAAGUUCUAGACCAAGCACAAGUUGUGGCCGAGGCCACCAAACAACGUUACAAAAGAAGAUUGGACAGCAAGGUAAAGCCUAGAGAAUUCCGCGAAGGCGAUCUCAUUUGGAGAGCCACAGGCGAGGCAAGGAAAGAUCCGAGACAUGGGAAACUCGCCCCAAACUGGGACGGUCCCUUCCGAAUCUGA